AUAGGCUUCGGAAACAUGCCUUUGAGCUGAAAAUGAAUGACUUGACAUACUUUGUGCUGGCAGCUGAAAAUGAGCAAGAUAUGGAUGAAUGGAUUUUUACUCUCAACAAAAUCCUUCAGAUAAAUCCAGAAGUGUCCAUUCAAGAGAGGAAAAGCGCUGAUAUCAGUGAUCUGAAGUUUGAUUCUGAAGACAUAUGCGUGAAUUAUGACUGCCAUGAAGAGGAAAAUGAUUCUUCAGAGAAUAAUUUGCAUCCAGAUAUAACUAAA